AUGGGUGCCCCCAAGAACAUCAUAGCCGAGUCGAUCUUCGCUUCAGUAACUCCCACCCUCGGCCAAGGUCAGGAAAGAACAGGCUUGAAUGGCGGCGAUGGAAGAAUUCUCGUCCAAGCGAAUUUUUCCUGGUCUCCUAUAAUUGCGUCCUCUCGAGAUACUGAGAAAGACUACACAGUAUUGCCCCUCGAUGUCAUUAUCGCUCCAGCACUGCCAGCUGGCCUGAUCAACCACGAGGUCGACCAAAGCGAUGAGCUCAAUGACAUAGUAGAUGCCAUCCUAUCAUCCGCUUCGGGUACCAGCGAGCUUUCUUGGUCCGGGCAGAUUUUCCUGGUGAUACCGAACCGUGCCGGAUACAUCGGGCGUGCAAAAUGUUUCCAACAACGCUUCAUCGGCUGCUCAGAUCUUGGACUUGUUCAUGACCGCACCACUUUCGCACAAGAUAUCAAAUGUGGCCCAACAGAUAGCAUCAAAGCAGUGUUGGGCAACUACCUUGUUGCCAUCGCGCGCCAACGAAACAGCGCGGGUCUAUGUGAUGAGUCUACGCUCCUGAAAGAAAUCGAUGCGCGGCUCAAUUUCGAAUGGCGCUUCGAUCAGCAGCCAAAGCACAAGACGCUUGCGCUCGUCGACGGCAACCUGAAUCAGAAGGUUUGCCUGCCUGUUUAUGCUAAUAAUGACGAGGGAGUCCCAAAGCUAUCUACCAGGGGCACUGACUGGUCAAAAUCCAAUGUUGGCCAUAGCCAAGACCUCUACGACCCAGUGAAUAAUCCAAAUGGUGUCGUGAGACUCACCAAUGCCCAUAAUGGGUUCAUACACGGUGACUUGGCAGCAUUCAUCAACUCCCACAAUCAAUUUGAUAAAGGAGAUUGCUCGUACGGAAAGGGAGACAUGGGCACCCUUCGUUUGCGGACUGCCAUGGCCAACCAUUUAAACGAGUACUUUGCGCCUGUGAGCAACUUCGAUGCUGAGCAAAUCACCUUCGCAGCAGGCGUCACCAGCCUUAGUGAAAUCAGUGCCAUGGUCUUAUGCGAUCCUGGCGACGCCAUCAUGAUCGGACGGCCAUGCCAUUCAGGCUUCGAAAAGGAUCUUUGUAUGAGAACAGGAGUAAAUAUAGAAUGGGUAUCAUUUGCAGGCGACUACCAGUUCUCUCUUCUUGAAGUGGCCGACUACGACGCCGCCUUUGAAGAGGCCAAAGCUCGAGGAAGCAAUAUCAAGGGAUUGAUCAUAUGCAACCCUCACAAUCCGUUAGGCCAGUGCUACCCCCCCGACACCCUCAAAGCGUUGAUGGAAUUCUGCGCUUCCAAGGAAAUCCACCUAAUCAGCGACGAAAUAUAUGCACUGUCAACCUACGAAAGAGAAGAUCGGCCGUCUGAAAAGUUUACAUCCGUACGAUCCAUCGAUCCCUCGGGCAUUAUCGAUUCUCGGCAGGUCCAUGUCCUCUACGGCAUGUCGAAAGAUUACGGCGCCGGCGGAAUGCGUCUAGGUUGUGUAAUUUCGCAAAAUACGAACUUCACCAGAGCAGUGCAAGCCGUGUCUCGCUUUUCUUCACCUUCAAAGUUUUCCAUGGAACUGGCUGCCAAGUUUCUUGAAGAUCGUCAGUUCGUCCGCCAAUUCCUACAAAAGUCUCGGCGUAUGCUUCUACAGGGCCGGCUGUACACCGAGGAGCUUCUGAAACAAACCGAUAUCCCAUUCCAUGACCAAGGAAAUUCCGGUCUCGCCAUCUGGCUUGACUUGAGAGGGUUCAUCCCAUCGCUAGGAGCCAACUAUGACCCUUGGUUCGCCGAGCAGUUGAUUGCGAGCCGAUUCGAAGAAGCAGGCGUCCUCGUGGACCGCGGUGCAGUCUUUUCCGCUCCAACCGCAGGAAGAUUCCGGCUGGUAUUCAGCGUGGAUUCGGAGACUCUUAGGGAAGGCAUCAAACGGAUAAACUAUGUCUUGCAACAUUUCUAA